AUGAGCGCUGCAAUUUUUAUUCGAUAUUGCAGUCGUGAGAUGAAUCAGCCUGUUUGGCGACGGGCUUUCAGCUCUGUAUUAUCAUAUAGUAGAUAUCCCCUUUUUGUUGUACGAAAAGGCUAUUCUUCCCGUUUGUUUAGACGGAAUUCUAGCUUUUUUCGAAAAGGUAGUCUAUCAAAGAAAGGGGACAAGAGUAAGCAACAGGGAGUAAAAGGUUCAUUUGACGAAGUUGGUGAAAACGUUGACAAAGAGAGCAAAAAGUUAUUCGAUAGCAAAGUGGGUCAGGGAUCGCAGUCGAUCGAUGAAAAGUACAACGAGACGGUGAGAAGAAUGCUAAAUUCGGGCGAAGUUUCUCCGAUAAUGAGAAAAGUCUUAGAGAAGGAGAUGAAAAAGAUAGAGGAAAGGGCGCAGUCGAGUAAGAAGUCUCAAGAAGCAGUGUCAGGAGUAAGAAAGUCAGGGUUUUGGAGAGAGAACGAAUCGAAAGGUUCCAAAGCAGCUGAGGGAGAUAGUGAAGAGGUGCAGCAGUUUUCUGACUUUACGGAGCAAGUGUUGAAGCAGGGUGAGAGUUCUAUUAAUGCUUUGGAGAAAGAACUGAAGGAUGGAACGAUUCCUUCGUUUCUGCGUCCGCUUGCGCAGCAGCUCUUGGAUAAACUGAGGAGUUUACAGGCGUCUGUACAGAGUGGGGCUCAGCAGGAGGCGAAAGAGAAGCAAUCGAAUGACGCAGCAGACGAAGAAUCGAGCGAGGUGAAAGGCAGGGAAGCGAAUGAAAAAGCGAACGAGUCCACUGACAAGAAUACUUCGGGCGAUUCGCCAGACAAACAGUCGAAAAAAGCUUCCCAAGAACAGCCUGACGACUCGAAUGAAGAGUCUUUCCGCAGUUCUUCAUCGAACGACGGAGGCGCUCUGAAUAACAUCUAUCUAAUCGUAUCUCUUCUUUCAUGA